AUCUAGCCCCAUACUAGAAAGGUCCGUCCAAAUCAAAAUAAAAAACUCCAAAAAUUAAAGUGUAAUCGAUCAUCAUCACCAUUUGAUCAAAAGACAACCGGGUUCCAAACGACCUAAAUCCACUUGAAGAUUCCUCCAACUAUCAACAAACAACCUUUACUGCAAUUAUUUCAAUCAUCACCUUCACCUUAAUUCGAUUCACAUCCUUUUUUCUGUUGAUCCAAUUACGAUGCCUUCAAGACGAAGAACGCUUCUCAAAGUCAUCAUCCUCGGUGACAGCGGGGUUGGAAAAACAUCCUUGAUGAAUCAAUAUGUAAACAAGAAGUUUAGCAAUCAAUACAAGGCAACAAUCGGUGCUGAUUUCUUGACAAAAGAAGUGGAAUUUGAGGAUAGGCUCUUCACUCUACAGAUAUGGGAUACAGCUGGACAAGAAAGAUUUCAGAGCCUUGGAGUUGCUUUCUACCGAGGUGCAGAUUGCUGUGUUCUUGUGUAUGAUGUGAAUGUGCAAAAGUCAUUCGAUAAUCUCAACAACUGGAGGGAAGAAUUCCUUAUUCAGGCUAGCCCUUCGGAUCCGGAAAAUUUCCCGUUUGUUGUUCUGGGUAACAAAGUUGACGUUGAUGGUGGCAACAGCAGGGUGGUUUCUGAGAAAAAGGCUAGGGCUUGGUGUGCCUCGAAAGGGAAUAUUCCGUAUUUUGAAACGUCUGCAAAGGAGGGGAUCAACGUUGAAGAAGCUUUUCAAGUCAUAGCUAAGAAUGCCUUGAAGAGUGGGGAAGAGGAAGAAAUAUACCUGCCGGAUACCAUUGAUGUAGGAAGCACCAGUCAACAGAGGGCCUCUGGAUGCGACUGCUAGAGAUCAAUUUCCAUUCUUUAUAAACUUUGUAUCCGCAUUACUACAAACACAUUUGCUGCAUUUUCAUGACUUUAUUUGCAUGGAUGGUUGAAUUGUAAAUUUGGUUUGAAGUUGUUUUGUGGAGCCUGCCUGUGUGUUUAACCUUGAUGUUAUUGCAAUCUCUUCCUUCAA